AUGGCGUCGUCCGCCAAAAACUACAUCCAGCUGGCCAAGUCGCUGCCCUCGCCCCUGCAGCGCUUUUUCGCCCGCUGGCCCCCGGCUGCUAUCGUCCCUGAGGGGACUCCAAAAACCCUCUACCAAGAGCGACGAGCGAACCCCUUCGAGUUCUUCAAGAACCCCGCUACGGGGAAGAUGCAAGACCCCGUCUAUUCGAACCGCCGCCAGGCCCAGCUCGUUAAGAUGGCUCGCGAGCAUGGCGUUGAGCACCUGCUUCCGGAGACCAAGAAGGGAUUCGAGUACCGCCUGGCCCACCGUGUGGAACAUGGAUUGAGAGUCAAGGGUACUGGUGUUGGCCAAUCCGUCAAGGGACACAUCCACGAAAGACAUAUGAUUGCCAAGAUGGAAGCCAGGAGAAAGGCCAUGUUGGAGAUGCCCAAGCUCAUCAAGACCUGGAAGAGGACGCCCGCCGCGGUGUCUCACUACCAGGUUCUCAACCUCACCCAGUCCCUCGUCGACUCACACCACAACCCAUCAGCGCUCAUCAAACGAGCUUACCGCCGCGCACUCCUCCAGAACCACCCGGACAAGGCGGCCCAGUCCCCGGCAUCCACCUUCCACUCCGUCGACCAGAUCACGGCCGCCUACACGGUGCUCUCCUCCCCGAGGGACCGCGCCGCCUACGACGCCUCCGCCCGGCUUUCGCAGCACGGCAGCCAGGACCCGACGACGACGUCGGUCCAGUUUCGCACAGGGGUGGAGAACGUCGACCUCGACGACCUGCCCUUCGACGAGGGCAAGGAUGUGUGGUACCGGAGCUGCAGGUGCGGCAAUGACCGGGGCUACGUCUUCGGCGAGGAUGACCUGGAAGAGGUAGGGGACGAGGGGGAGCUCAUGGUUGGCUGUCUGGAUUGUAGUCUCUGGUUAAACGUUCAUUUCGCACAGGUCGACAACGAUGAAACCGCUGGAACAUACAGGUCAUGGCCCCUUGAACUUCCCAAACGUGCUAGCACCGCCGCAGGAGACUUACCCUCCUCUGCCAAGGCAUUUGGAAUACCUCCAAAUCCGCCUCCCGUGCAGGUCUUACGUACAAACUUGGAAAGAUGA